UGUGUGUGUGUGUGUGAGACAGUGUAUGUACACCUGCGUGGGCGCAUGCACAAACAGGACAGCUUCCUAGCUUUGCCUGCUCAGACACUCUGUGGGGACGAAAGCAGCUGUCAACCCUACUGGCUUGACGAGACACACAUCAGUCUGAACAGGGGAAACGCUAUGAAACAGUGCAGGCCUCGGUGCUGAACUUUACGCAUGGAAACAGGUCAAAGUUGGCCCAACUGAGACGCGCCUGAAGCUGGAAGUGGAGACUUGGUGGAGGGUGGACCACAGAGGCAUAAAGAGGUCUUCACAGAACUCUCCCUGAGUGCUGAGUAUCUUUUUGUGCAACUAUGAAUCCGAUGUGGAAGGUAUAUAAGAGCAAAGUGCUAAAGACGCUUAACCCCGAGUAUGAAGAGGACACUGCCGAAGAGGUAACAGAAGUGGAGAAUGAUAUGAUGAGCCCGGUGCAGGAGGAUGAGGGACCUAACGCUGUAUCCCAGUUGGCCAAAAAAAUGCAGGGGGCCGGGACUAAAAGCUGGAACAGGCUAUCAUCUCUCUUCAACAAAGAAGAUGAACACCAGCUUCUAGAGGAGACUGAGAGCCCGCCUGUCGCCGACCAUCCACUUGCAGUAAAGCCGGAGGAGCCUCCUCGACCCAGUCGGCGCUCAGGAUUCUGGGAUAGCUUCGCAACCAACUGGGCUGCCAAGAAGCAGGCAGAAGCUGCAGCCGCUGCUGCUGCAGCAGACGAGGCAGCAGCAGGCCAGGGUGAGGAGGGGGUGACACAGGGCGGAGGGGAGGAGACCCAGGAUGGGCAGAUCACUGAGGGAGAAGAGAGUGAAGGAGGAGGACGGAGCAGCAACAACAGCUUCUCCAAAUACGUCUCCCUGGGAGGAGGCGGAGGGGACGCAUCCUUUAAAUGGAACUUUGUCACCAGCAAGCUGGCAGAGCUGAAGACCAAGACCAACUAGCAUGACGAAGGAAUCUGUAGAAUAUAAACAAUAUGAUGAAGGGGUUAGAUGUUGGAGUGUGGAGGAAGUUUAGGAGGAGGGUAUAUUUUACACAGGAUGUCCUGUAACUAAACUACAGCUAUUGUAGACGUCCCUUUUUAUCACAUUCUGAACUAUUGAACUUAUGCCCAUAAAAUGUCUUUUUACAACCACAUCACAAUGACCAAAUAAAGCUCCAAUAAACCAGGAUCUUUUUUAACCUUUACUUUCCUCAUGUGCCUAUUUAGGACACUGAUAUUUUCAGGACACAAAUAAAAAACAGUCUUAAGAUGAUUUUUUAAAAUUAAAUCUUAAAGAGGAAGGGCAUAAUUCACACCUGAAAAUGAAAUCUCUCAUGUCCCUGUAUGUACAGUGUAUGUAGAGACACCAAGUACAUAAAUACUACUAGAGUUUACUUCAUGAAAGGGACCUUCUAAAAUCAAUUGUACUAAAAGAGAGAUACUCUAAUUGAUGAUAUUAUUUAUUUUUCUUUGGAGAUUAGGUGGGUGUACUAUGCAAAUCUGCAGGCAGAGCUAAUAGUCUCUUUAACAGCUUGAGACACAGCAUGUAGCCACCAGUGUAACAGGUGAUCAGUACGUUAAAGGUAAAUACAACAGAUACUUUAUAAAGCGUCGAACCUGGUAUAUAGGCUACACAAUACAGUCCGCUUUCUAGGGGUUGUAUGAUGGUAUCUUCCUUCCCAAAGUGCUUUUUAAGCCACAAAAAGGGGCCUUCACACCUGUCAGCAAACUUGAUCUAAUCUGUAGUUUUGCAAAAACUGGAUUAAGAGAUUAAAGGUGGUGAUAGCUGAAUUAUUUGGGGAUUAUCUCACUUAACCUGAUCAGAGGGCAUGGGAUUUCAGUUAGGAGAUUUGGCCGUGCGACAUAACUAUUACAUAACUUAAGCAUUUAUAAGUCUCUCCUCAGACAUCAGGGAGGGUAAAUGUGCUGCACAGUUAUAUGAAAUGUGUAAAAUAUGAACGUGUGUGUGGUGAGAUAAUGUCAGGCGCGCUGACACGAUGACUUAACUGACUUGAAUUUUCUGAUUGUGACUGAGACUGACAUGUGCAAAGUGUGAGUUUUUAAACAUUCCUAAUUUUGUGACAUGAAAGAAAUGAGGCUUUAAAUAUUUUAUCUCAGAUUUCGGUUUUGAUCUUGAUGUAUGUUUUAUUCUGUUGUUUUGUUUUCUGGUAUCCUAUAAUAAAGACUGUUGCACUAAAACAA